AUGAACCAUCUGGGAAACAAGGCAGCAGAUGCGCAGAAGUCUGUUGCGGCUUUUCUGAAGCAGAACAAGAUGAAGAAGGGACCAAGAAUCAAAGAGGACGAAGAGAGGCUUAGGGGCGAGGCAAAGGAGCUCAGCAAUCAGAUGACGGCCCUUAGGCAGGAGCAUGAUCAGUUGGGACAAGACAUUACGGCUCUCCUUCUAGCAAGCCCAAAUGUGAGCCACGAGUCGGCUCCUAUUGGAUCGGAGAGUCAGGCUAAGGUCUCCAAAGAGAGUGCUACGAUACGGCGCACCCAUUUAGGUCUCGCGACUCUCCUCUCCCCAUCAGGCCAAAUAGACACUCCAGCUGGUCGAUUAGCUACAGGGCCCUCCUUCCCCUAUCUCACCGACUCGGUCGCGCUCCUCGAGCAAGCUCUUCUCCGCUACUCGACAGAUAUUGCAUUGGCCAAGGGGUAUCGCCUUGUGUCCACUCCAGCAGUCGUGAGGACAGAUGUAGCAGAGCGCUGCGGUUUUGACCCGAGAGGUGGGGAGGGAGGACAAACGUACUUUGUCUCGUCCUCUUCUUCCACCUCUUCUCCAGAGGAGAACGGCCACCCGGACCUCUGUCUUAUUGGGACGGCCGAGAUAGCUUUAGCUGCCCUCGUCUCUGGACGAACCUUUCCACGCUCCUCGCUGCCUCUCAGACUUCUGGCCAUCUCUCCCUCGUUCAGGGCAGAGGCCGGCGGACGUGGCCAAGAGACAAAAGGACUCUACAGGUUGCACCAGUUCAUGAAGGCGGAGAUGUUUGUGGUGGCUGCACCGCCCUCUGAAGAGUCCGGCGAAACGCAUCCGGACCUUCUGGAGGAGCUUCGCGCGAUUCAAGAGCAAGUCUUUUCCUCUCUGGGAUUGACAACGCGCACCCUGCUGAUGCCCACCGAGGAGCUCGGAGCAUCGGCGCAUCGCAAAUACGACAUUGAGGCCUGGAUGCCUGGACGGGGCUCUGAUCAAGACGGUGGAGGAUGGGGCGAGGUGUCAUCUGCGAGUGACUGCACAGACUAUCAGGCGUCGAGGCUCGCCAUCAAUGUCGAAGGAGUUUCGACACCGGCCAAGGAGCAAAAGAAGCAAAAGCCGGCAACAAGCACACCUGCGCACACUCUCAAUGCCACACUGCUGGCCGCACCAAGGGUGAUCAUCGCGCUGAUGGAG